AUGAUGGAGAGGAUAAGAAAGGAGAUGAUUCUGAUGGAAAGGGGACUACACAGUCCCGUGGCCGGCAAGAGGCUCUCUAACCUCUCUGACUCGACCGGGAACGCGGUCCUCGAGGCCCUCGAAAAUUCCCAGCACGCGGGUCGUCUCAGCCCGAGAAUAACUUCCGCCUCUCUCCACGGCGGUCUAGGCGACAUUCCCACCAAAGGCAAAUUCGAAAUAGACAGCUUGUUCGGAAAUCUCCACGGCAGCGACAAUACCUCCUCUGCGGAAAUCUCGUCUUCUGAAAACAGGAAGAAAAUGAAUCUGUAUCCUGAAGUUUCUACCGACUCAGAAAUGAAUAGCGACGUGGAGGUGGGAUGCCCGUCUCAUCGCUCCCCCGGCAGUGUCAGCCAACACAAGGAAAACAAUAACAAGGGUUUCUCUGAUAGUAAUUCAGGGACUUCCAACACGAGCUCCUCCUCUGUCUCCAAUCAUAACGGUAAUUCCGUCGGUAGCUCUAAUAAUUCGAACACGGACCAAGUGCGGAGGUACCGGACUGCUUUUACCAGGGAACAAAUCGGAAGACUGGAGAAGGAAUUUUACAGGGAAAAUUACGUUUCAAGACCCAGGAGAUGUGAACUAGCUGCAGCGCUGAACCUACCUGAAACAACAAUAAAGGUGUGGUUCCAGAACCGGCGAAUGAAGGAUAAGCGGCAGCGUCUGGCGAUGUCCUGGCCACAUCCUGCCGAUCCCAGCUUCUACACAUAUAUGAUGACGCAUGCAGCGGCCACCGGAAGUCUGCCAUACCCUUUCCAUUCGCACAUGCCUCUGCACUACUACCCCCAUGUUGGUGUCACAGCAGCAGCAGCGGCAGCGGCCGCCUCGGGGGCCGCGUCUUCUCCGUUUGCUACCUCUAUUCGCCCGCUUGAUACUUUCCGCGCACUCUCUCAUCCUUACUCUCGCCCGGAGCUGCUCUGUAGCUUUCGGCACCCUGGACUAUACCAGUCACCCGCAGGCCUCAACAGCUCCGCGGCGGCGUCAGCGGCCGCAGCGGCGGCGGCGGCGGCGGCCGCUGUCAGCGCGCCCUCGGCCACCGGGCCAUGCUCGUGUCUCAGCUGCCACAGCAGUCAGGCGGCCAGCGCGCUAGGCUCCCGGAGCGCCAACUCUGACUUUACGUGCACCGCGCAGAGGUCUGAGAGUGGAUUUUUACCCUACUCAGCCGCCGUCCUGAGCAAAACUGCAGUGCCAUCACCAGAUCAGAGAGAAGAAAGCGCACUUAAUAGAUAA